GUCUUGACGCUCUGCUCAGUCCGGUCUGUUGCUUGAAGCCGCUUCGCUUCGUGUCUUCGCCGCGGCGGAGGAAUAGGAUGCGGAGCAGGAGCGGAACCGCAGCCCGUGACCCGGAUCAGCCCAGAUUCAGAACCAGGACAGGCUGAACCCUCCUCUUCCGGCAGCAUGACAGCAGUGGAGGACAGAGCGAUACAGACAGGCUCCAGUAGCCGCUGACAGGGACAGUUAGCCGGGCAGCUAGCAGCGCGAUGAGCGCGGCGGAGGGAAGCGGCACGAUCCGCAGCCGCAUCAAGAACCUGCUGCGCUCCCCGUCCAUCAAACUGAGGCGGAGGAGCGGCGCGGCGCGGCACAAAGAGGACCUCAGCGACAAGGUGACCUUAGAGAAGGUUCUGGGUAUCACAGCUCCGGGGAACCGAGCGUUGGCCUGCGACCCCCGAACUGGACUGUUGGCUUAUCCUGCCGGGUGUGUCGUCGUCCUUUUGAAUCCUCGGAAGAACAAACAGCAUUACAUCUUCAACAGUUCCAGGAAGGCGAUCACCACGUUAGCGUUUUCUCCAGAUGGGAAAUAUGUCGUCACAGGAGAGAGCGGCCACAUGCCGGCGGUCCGAGUCUGGGACGCUUCGGAGCGUCUGCAGGUCGCCGAGCUUCAGGAACACAAAUACGGAAUCUCCUGCGUCGCGUUUUCUCCAAACGGGAAAUACAUCGUCAGCGUGGGCUACCAGCACGACAUGAUGGUCAACGUCUGGAACUGGAAGAAAAACGUCGUUGUUGCAGCCAAUAAGGUUUCCAGUAAAGUGACGGCCGUGUCCUUCUCCGACGACAGCUCCUACUUUGUUACCGCCGGUAAUCGACACGUGAAGUUCUGGUACCUGGACCACGCUAAGACCUCCAAGGUGAACGCCACCGUGCCUCUGCUGGGGCGUUCAGGGCUGCUGGGAGAACUCAGGAACAACUUCUUCAGCGAUGUGGCGUGUGGUCGAGGUAAACAGGCCUCGUCCACUUUCUGCAUCACUUCCUCCGGCCUGCUGUGCGAAUUCAACGACCGGAGACUCCUCGACAAGUGGGUCGAGCUGAGGAGCGUCGACUCUGCGCCCGCGUCUCAGGCCACCUCCCUCUCGGUCACAGACGAGCUGAUCUUCUGUGGUUGUUCUGACGGGACGGUGCGAGCGUUCAGUCCCGUUAGUCUUCACUUCCUGUGCACGCUGCCCCGCCCCCAUUGCCUCGGGGCCGACAUCGCCAGCAUGACGGAUGCUAGUCAGCUGUUCACCUCCCGUCCAGAGGCUCGGUACCCUGACACGGUAGCCGUGACCUACGACCCUACGAGCCGCUGGCUGUCGUGCGUCUACAACGACCACAGCGUUUACGUUUGGGACGUCCGAGACCUGAAGGACCCUCGCAGGGCGGGGAAACUCUACUCCGCCCUAUACCACUCCUCCUGUGUGUGGAGCUUGGAGGUGUACCCAGAUGGAGUAGGAAAGGGAGGAGAUGGAGGGGAGGUGCGUCUCCCCCCCGGGUCGUUCCUCUCCUGCUCCUCAGACAACACCAUCCGACUCUGGAACACCGACGGACACAAACUGCUCACCAGGAACAUCCUGAGCCACGACCUGCAGAAGGUCAUCUACGUGGACGAUAACGUCUCCGGCCUUUUGGACCCGGAGAGCGACACGGUGACCGGGAGCAGCUCAGAGAAGACGGGGUCCUCGAGCUCCGAGGGGCCGCAGGCCGACCAGAGCAGGGCGGGCAUUAGGACCCUGAGGGUCAGUCCUGACGGGCAGCACCUGGCCUCCGGAGACCGCAUGGGGGUCCUCAGGAUCCAUGAUCUGGACGGGAUGGAGGAGAUUUUGAACGUUCAGGCUCACGACUCAGAGAUUCUCUGCCUCGAGUUCUCCAAACCAGACACUGGUCUCCAGUUGUUAGCCACGGCCAGUCGGGACCGUCUGAUCCACAUCCUGGACGCGGGCCGGGAGUACAGCCUGGUGCAGACGCUGGACGAACACUCGUCCUCCAUCACGGCCGUACGAUUCGCCGCCAAUGAGGGCAAAGUGAGGAUGAUCAGCUGUGGAGCCGAUAAGAGCGUCUACUUCCGCACCGCUCAGCAGCUGGAGGAGGGUCUGCAGUUCACUCGCACUCAUCACGUGGUGAGGAAGACGACGCUGUACGACAUGGACGUGGAGCCCACCAGGAAGUACGCAGCGGUGGGCUGUCAGGACCGCAGCAUCAGGAUCUUCAACAUCAGUAACGGUAAACAGAAGAAGAUGUAUAAAGGCUCUCAGGGCGAGGACGGGACUCUCAUUAAGGUGCAGAUCGACCCCUCCGGUCUCUACAUCGCCACUUCCUGUUCGGAUAAGAACAUCAGCAUAUUUGAUUUCUACUCCGGAGAGUGUGUGGCCACCAUGUUCGGACACUCCGAGAUAGUGACAGGUCUGAAGUUCACCAGUGACUGCAGACACCUGAUCACAGUGUCUGGAGACAGCUGUAUCUUCGUGUGGCGUCUUUGUCCAGAGUUAACCAUCAGGAUGAGGCAGCGACUCGCCGACCUCCGACCUCCCAGCAGUGUUCCGAUCUCCCAGAAUGCACCUCAGCAGAAAGUGGCGAACCUCGGCAGGGAGGCGCCGUCUCCUCGAGUCGUCACCAUGUCGUCUGACAGCGAUAAGGAGGAGGAAGAGGAGGAUGAGGAAGAGCGUGGCGUUCCUUAUAAAGUCACAGCAGGGUGCCUGGAGGAAGAGGAGGAGACAGAAAUGUCCGAUGAGCAGUUUGACUCGCAGCGCGGCAGAGACAGCAAGGAGGAUUGUGGGAGUCGCCUCCCUCGCCGGCGCUGGUCCCGCAGGACGGUGGGAGACGGGGUCCUGAUGGUGAAGUCCAUGCUGGACCUGAGGCUGCUGGACUCGUUCUGCCCCGAGAAACAGGAGCAGGAGGAGGGGAAGACGCGCCCUCUGGAUGUUAGCCCCUCCCCCUGCACUAAGAGGCGGAGCCCAGGUGUGGAGGCGGGGCUUCACAGGGCCAAUCAGGAGCUGGGGAGCACCGUCAGUCUGCAGGUCCCGUCUGCAUGGGCUGAGGGCAGUGAGGCAAGGACCAAUCAGAGGCCAGACUUUAUCCAGCUGUCCAAUCAGAGCCCAGACAUGGAGGCUGUGGUUCUGUAUCCCGACCAAUGGGAGGACAGAGUGAGCCUGGCAGGAAGUGAGUUCCAGGUGAAGGAGGCGUGUCCUGCAGGUGAACGUCAGGACAAACCCAGUCCAGACAGCGGCUGCUCGUUGGGAUUCAGCUCCAGACUGUCCAGUCCUGUGAGACCGGCAGGAGACGAUUCCGAGCCCACGGAGCCUCUCAGUAUGGAUGGAAACUCCUCUGAGAUGGAGAUGGAUGAGGAUGAAGAGGAGGGAGGAAGAAGAAGAGGAGAAGAACAGCUCAAGGCCUCUCAGGUCGUCCCUCAGACUCCAGACCAGGAAACUUUCCUGAAGGAAAACUUUGGGACACUGGCCAACCUCUCAGGCUUAGGGAGUCCCAGCAGGGCGUCUCACAGCUCCAGUGAGAGCCUCAGCAUCUCCUCCAGGUUCCUCUCCCAGAAUCCAGCUGGAAGCCGGACUGUGCUUCCUCUCCCAUCUCGAGGAGGAGGAUCGGAGGCGAAAGCCCGUCCUCUGGUCUCAGAAGUCCGACCUUUAAUGGAGGAGAACCGGACCCAGGACAAGAAGUUAUCAUGGAACCAGGAGCAGAACCAGAACCACAAUCAGGACCAAACCUUUUCAACUAAGGACCAGAAACAGAACCUCAAUCAGGACCAAACCUUUUCAACUAAGGACCAGAAACAGAACCUCAAUCAGGACCAAACGCAGGACAACAUCCAGCCGGGUAAAGAUCAGCUCCAGAACCGGGUCGAGCAGGAGAUCUCUUCAAACCAGAGACCCUCACCACAGAAGAAGAAGGUCCAGACCUCGGGGGAGUGCCGGAGGAACCUCGGCCCGACAGCCAGAGCCACCGUCUCUCAUCUGAACUCCUCAUCUGGACUCAGGAAGGCUCAGUCGGUCCAGAGUCUGCUCACCGACACAGGUGACUCCCCCCUCUCCCCCUGCAGAGACCUCCCCCCUCUGAAGCUUCUCCCCCUCCAGCGUCCCACCACCCUCCCUUCCUCCCCCAGACGUCCUCCAUCUUUACCCUCCACCCUCCAGAGACCCAACCCCACCUCCCCUAAAUCCCCCAAAUCCCCUCAUCAGGAACACGCCCCCACCUCCUUCUCCUCCUUCACUCCAGCUCCUUCUCCCUUUCCUUCUGCCUUCGCCACCCCGAGGAAAUCCUCAUCCCCCGCCCCCUCCUCCUCUUCCUCCUCCUCUGUGUUGACGUCUCGCUCCUACAUGAGUCCGACCACCAGCUCCAUGGCGAAAAUGUCUCGCUCCAUUUCUAUCGGCGAUGGCCUCAACGUCCCUGAAAAUGGCGAUGAAGACCCCUCAGUAACUUCCUCUUCCUCCUCUUCUCAAAUCAAAGACACUCCUCCUCUUCCUCCUCCUCUUCUUGUUGCCGUGGUUCCCUCAAACGCAGCUUUGGCCACGCCUCCUCACGCCGCCGUCGUUCCCGUCGUCGCCUCCUCGUCUCUGGGAGCCCCUCCUCCCUCUCGGGGUCUCCAGGCUCGAGUCCCAGGAGGCAGCAGACCCUUACCGGACAAGCCUUCGCUGGCCAUCUUAUCUUCCUCCUUGUCUUCUUCCUCGUCUUCCUCCUCGUCUUCCUCGUCGCGGCCUCCUCCCGUCUCCGUCUCCCCGCUGACUCCUCUCCCUUCGACACAGCAGGAGGCGGAGCUUCAGACUCCAGGAAGCAGCAGCGUGGAGCCGAGAGAUGACGAAGAUCAGCCAAUCAGUGUGGAGACCUGCAGAGCUCUGACCAAUGAGCUGCAGAGCUGCUUCAAGAGAGCCACACACCUGUACAGGAAGGUGAGAGGCUCCUCCUGCGAUGGCCCCGCCCCCCACCAGCAGCAGAUGGCCGUCGUCCUAUCAGAAGCCUUCCAGACCAUGAGGGCGGAGCUUGACUGUCUGCCGCUCGCCGCCCCAGCGGUAGAGGGGGGCGUUGGGGGGGAAAAGAUGGCUGCUCUGCUGGAGGAAUAUUCUCUUCUGCUGCUGCAGGCCGUGAACAGGAGGAUCAACAACUGAACACUACUCUUCAUCGCCUACUCUUCAUCAUCUUCUCUACCUCUUCUUCCUAAUACUUGUUCCCCUUUUUCUUCCAUCUUUCUUUCCCUAUUUUCUGCUUCCUCUCUUCCUCUAUGGGUGCGUCUCACUUCGGUUAUUUUUCAUUUCCUCGUUCCUCGGGCUCGGUCUCACCGGAAGUUGAUUUGUCUGCGCCAUCUUGAGUACCAUCCCAGUGGCCUUAUUUGUGCCGGAGGAUCGAGGAGUGAUAACGGAGGAACGAUAAUCGAGGAACCACCAGACCAUCCUCCAGUGAAAUCCUCAGACACUCGCCCCGCCCCCUUACUGUGUAUCGCUCACUGAUUGGACGAUGCAGCGCAUGCACUGAUCUGGCUGCUGUCAGACGAUCAGCUGUGCGGCGUCAUCACAAACGGACGUCGCUUCACGUGACGCUCCGGAGGAAACGACAUCCCAUUGCUCUUAAAACUCAUUUCCCUGCUUCUCGUGGUUUCCUUGCGUCUCCCCUUGCUUCCCUGGUCGGAGGGACUAGUCGCAGGGAAACGACGCAAGUGAGGGACGCAAGGAAUCCAUUUAACCGAAGUGAGAUGCACCUUCUGUCUCCUACUUCUCUUCCCUUAGUCUUCCUCCUCCUUUACCCCCUACUUCCUCAUCCUCCUCAUCCUCACAGAUGACUGAUCUGAAGACAUUUAGCUUUUCGCUCAACUUGUAUUCCUUGUAUUAUUAUUUUUCUCUCAUUUCUUUGCCUCUUCUUUAUUUAUUCAUUUAUUUAACAGGGACAGUGCACGUUAAUCAAAGAUUUUGUAAGUCAACCGAAAGACACAUUUCAUUUUAAACAAGUAAAUACAAUCAAAUAAAAACAUGCAACAUACAGUGCUGGAAAUCUACUAAUAACAGAACAAUAAAACAAAACAACUUCAUCGAUUCUUCCUCACUUUCCCAUUUCCUCUCCUCCAUCUUCUAAUCGUCUUUCUCUCUGCUCUUCCUCUUCCCCUUACCUCCUCGUCGUCACAGAUGAAGGAUCUGAAGCCAUUUUGUUUUUCGUCUGGACUUUUUAUUCCUUUUUUAUUGGUAUGCAAGAAUCUCUCUGGUCUUAAAGGACACGUCGAAUCACUUUAAAGUUUUUUAGAAACUGACGUUUUUAUCAAGUUGUUUUUUAAAGACAUUUCUGCGACUGAAUCGUGGACAUUUUUCCUUUUUCAUUCCCAUCGUUUGGAUUAUUGUUGUAGAAACAUUGAUGUUAGACUGUAGAGACUUUUCAAAGGAGCAAACAGCAAUAUGAGAUGUUUUUUAUCACAGUUUGAUGUAUAUUUUCUUUCCUGAAUUCACUUGAACCUUAAACGCUGAAUUCAAGUACGAUUUAUAGUUUGUAUUUAUUGUGUUGAUGUUACAUCUUACCUGUCAGACUGCUGAACACUGACUGGCUCUUUAUUCUUCUCACACUGACCACCAUGUUUUUCCAAAAUCAUGGAUUUUUUAAAAUUGUUGUUAGAGAAACACUUUUAGGGCUUGUUGGGUUUACAUUUGGGGUCAAAUUGUUGUGAAACUUUUUCACUAACAUAAAAACAAACAGGUCAAAUGUUUUUUUGUCAAUAUGUAAUAAAAGUUUGAGACUUAUUAA